AGCAACCCCUCGCCCCAAAGAAACCCCACAAAAAAAUAAGAUAACAAAAACAACCCGGAAUUUCUAACAGCUUCUCACGACUUGUAAGGGCAGAUUCACUGCUCUACACACCCCCCCCCCCCCCCUGUGUCCUCGUUCUGAUUCCAUUGGGAUGUUUACUGUUUCUGGCGGCGGAGACGAGAAGCGAAUAAAGUAUCCCUUGGUCAUCGUCCGACCCUGCGUCUUACCAUUACCUCCCGGCGGCCAUACAUCUCCGUAAUCUUCUCUGUGUCGCCUCGUAGCGAUCACACAGCCGGAUAUCCCGGCCCGGGCUAGUCCCCUGAGGGACGCACGGAGCAGACAGUCUGAGACAGUCUCCAGCUAUAUUGACACAGACCUCGAGGAUGUCGUCUCGCCAGCCUCCUCACAGCCGCCACGUGUCCCAGCAGCAUCAGCAAAAUACCGCCCACCCGGCCCACCCAGACCACCGAGCCCACACUCCAAACACUCACCAGUCCGCUGUGACCCACUCUGCCCAUGACCCUCAUCAUCAGCGGCAGCUACUAACUCUACAAGAAGAGGAACAACAACCGCAACAACAUCACCAACAUCAUUUUCCAUACCCCCAGAAGCAACAGCAGCAGCAGCCCUCUCAGCAGCACCCUCACCACCACCCACACCCCAGACCCUCCCAGUCGUGUGCCCACCCCCCUCCCCCCGUGUGGCGCCACGGUGUGUCGGACAGCGGCCUUCACCCCACCAGCAGACGUGCCUAUCCCUACCCGGGUACCCGGUUCCGACGGAGCUCCAGGAGUAGGGUCCGCACACUCUCCACCCCCCUGUCGUGUGCUGCGGCCCCGG